UUUAAAUCAAAUGCAGGGCACAAGUCAAAAGCAGCAAGCCGAAUUAUUGCUGUAUGUUGCUUCCCGGGUCUUCUUGGCUAGACCCCUUAUAUUUACCCCAAUCGACGCAGCUUUGGAAAUAUUACCAACUUAUCUCUCUGAUUCAUUCACCACCAAUGUCUCGAAUGGAUGCAAAGUCCCCUCAACACUGUGCCAAGAAAGGUUUCCACAUUAGAAAGCGGUAUAAGAAGCUCUUGUACACUCUAUGUACGAUACUCCUAUCAGUUAUCUCGAUUGCCUUCAUCAUAUAUUUCAUCCUACGCCCCUCUAAGCCUGAAUUCUCACUCAAAGAAAUUGAUAUCAAUCAACUCAACCUGAGCUCAAGUCCUCAACUUGUCAACUCUUCGGUUGAACUCACCUUACUCUCCAAAAAUCCAAACCAGAGAGUUGGCAUCUACUAUGAUGAGCUAAAUAUUUAUGCAUCUUACAAGAAUCAACAGAUAACUGUUCCAACAUCUCUACCUCCUUUCUACCAAGGGCACGGGGACAACAACCUCCUCACGGCUUCAUUGGUUGGCACAGGGCUACCUGUGGCUCCCUCUUUCGGUUAUGAAGUAAAACGUGACCAGACUGUGGGAAAACUGGUGUUGUAUUUGAAAGGAAAUGGCCAUCUCCGCUGGAAAAUAGUGAGUUGGGUUUCCGGAAAGUAUAGGUUUAAUGUAAAUUGUGCAGCUGUUCUGCCUUUUGGACCUUCUAUACCAUCAGGUCCAAUUAGUUCUAAGCAAGGGACUCAGUGUUCUACUACAGUUUGAUAAGUUUGGUAUCGAUUUUAUUUACUUAGACAAAAGUUAAUUAUAUACUUUAAUGUCAA